AUGGCGGCGGAGGAGGAGGAGGAGGAGGAGGAGGGGGGGGCCUGGCGGGGGGGUUCGCAGCGUCACAAUGUGGAAAAAGCUUCAGUCAAGAGUGCACAUCUGUGUUGCCAUCAAAGGACCCACACAGGGGAGAAGCCAUAUCAAUGCAUGGAAUGUGGAAACAGCUUCAGUCAAAGGGAAACACUGCAUCAGCAUCAAAAAACCCACACAGGGGAGAAGCCACAUCAAUGCACCGAAUGUGGAAAGAGCUUCAGUCGGAGUGAUGGUCUGCGUUCCCAUCAAAGGACCCACACAGGGGAGAAGCCAUAUCAGUGCACCGAAUGUGGAAAGAGCUUCGUUCGGAGUGAUGGUCUGCUUUCCCACCAAAGGACCCACACAGGGAAGAAGAUACAUAAAUGCGUCGAAUGUGGAAAGAGCUUCAGUCGGAGUGGAAAUCUCCGUUUGCAUCAAAGGACUCACACAGGAGAGAAACCACAUCAGUGCAUUGAGUGUGGAAAGAGUUUCAUUGAAAGUGUAGCUCUGCGUCUCCAUCAAUCGACCCACACAGUGGAGAAGCCACAUAAAUGCAUAGAAUGUGGAAAGAGCUUCAGUCAGAUUGGAAAACUGCAUUCCCAUCAAAGAACUCACACAGGAGAGAAGCCACAUCAAUGCACUGAAUGUGGAAAGAGUUUCAGUCGGAGUGAUGGUCUGCGUCGCCAUCAAAGGCUCCACACAGGGGAGAAGCCAUAUCAAUGCAUGGAAUGUGGAAAAUGCUUCAGUCAGAAUAGAGCUCUGCAUGCCCACCAAAGCACCCACACAGGGGAGAAACCACAUCAGUGCAUGGAAUGUGGAAAGAGCUUCAGUCAGAUUGACAGUCUUCAUUCCCAUCAAAGGACCCACACAGGAGAGAAGCCACAUAAAUGCAUUGAAUGUGGAAAGACCUUCAGUCAGAGUGGAGCACUGCGUGGCCAUCAAAGGACCCACACAGGGGAGAAGCCGUAUCAAUGCACUAAAUGCGGAAAGAGCUUCAGUUGGAGAGGACAGCUGCGUCGCCAUGAAAGGAUCCACACACAGGUAGAGGAAGAGCCUUUGAGUUCCUAG